AUGGCGGACAACAAACGUGGAAGAGGCGAUCGCGACGAAAACCAAGAAAAUCGAAACGAAUGCAAAAGUGCUAAAGCAAUUAAACUUCUACGGGAAGUUACCUCGCUUCUCAGUGAGGGUGAUAGCGAACCAUAUCAACCGACAGCUGAACAGAUUAGUCAAGCACAUGGUCAGGUUGGAGCAAGUGGUAUUGUGCAAAAUUUCCGCAAACUGUUUGCCCCCUACAGUGUUCAUAACAGUACUCCUUUGUCAUCUUCGAGGCAAACCAAGAGGAACUAUCCGAAACCAAAACUAUCUCAGCCAAAAGAAACGUGGACACACGAGUUCUUCUGUUUGGCUGCGAAAGACCAGUCCCGAGCUCCAACAAGAGCAGCCAAAUUCGCCUUACAACAGGCUGGCCUGGGGAGACGAAAAAUCUGCUUUCAUAACAAAGCAAAGUUCGCUGAGUUUCGGCAAAAGUUAGAGGAAGCGUUUCCAAAGCUCUGCGAAGGUGGGGGGUUUGAAAUAAUGCGAACUGGUCAUCAGGGUAGUAACUCCUCCCUCACCACCAUAACACCUCCGGCAAGUGGUUACUCGGUACCUUUCCUACGAGACAGCUCCAGUCUGGGGCAGGCUCUGGCGUACAUUCGACCCCUGCAACGCGACUUGGACAGCAAUCCUGUAUUUGAGGUAACAUUCCUUCUCCUUAUUGUUGUUCUGAUCGAUAUAGCCUGGAAAUCUUUAUUUUUUAAAAUUUAAGGGUCUUAAGCAUAUGCUGGUCAUUUAAUUUUAGUCAAGUUUUAUUAUGUCUGAGCUUUGUUCACCCCAAAAUAUGACAGUUUAUUAUAUGGGUUUGAACCCUGGCCAGGGCACUGCGUUGUGUUCUUAGGCAAGACUCAUUACUCUCACCGUGCCUCUCUCCACCCAGGUGUAUAAAUGGGUACAGCUGGGUACCGGCGAAUUUACUGCUGGGGGUAACCCUGCACUGGAGUAGCAUCCCAUCCAGGGAGACUAGAAAUACUCCAAGUUGCUUGUUCUGUACUUAUUACCUGGUAAAAAAAGGUCAUCUUAGCAAAAAAGCACAGGAAACACACACAGUUGAACUGGAAGAGUAUUUUAAAAAUUGAUGCGCACCUGUUCCCUUUUUUCCUGGGCCCAGUUGUUCAAAGAGUGGAUAACCCUUUCCACCCAAUAAAUCACUAUCCAGUAGAUAAGUGUUGGCAAAAGAAACUGCACUAUCUACUGGAUAGUGAUUUAUCUGCUGGAUAGCGUUAUCCAACCUUCAAACAACUGGGGCCUGGCCUUUAAUUAUUGGAGGCAUUGUUUGUUUUCAGUAACUAGACAUUGAAAGAGGGUCAGGGUCACAUAACCAUCAAUUUGAUGUGUGUUUGGGUUUUAUAGGAACCGUCAGAAUCUGCUGAUGCAGUUCUAAUUAACUGUCUGAAGUGUGGAAAGGGGAUUCCAUUAAGUCAAUGGCAUGCACAUGACAAUGGGAAUUCUACAGAAAGUAGUAUCCGUGAAGGUUCUGGUGACAUCCAAGGUGGUAACCUUGAAGCUACAAGUUCAUUAAAUAGAGGUAAGAAAUUUUACAACAACAAAUGAACAAAGAUACUUACAACUUACAAGCAACUUUACUAAUAAAAAAGUCUGGCUUUUCCUUUUUUGCUAGGAUGCCUAAAAACUCUGAGGGAAAUGUUUCCAGGUGAAACUGAAGAAGAUCUGAUUCGUAUUCUCACAAAGAAUAACUUUGAUUUGGAGAAGUCAGCAAAUGACAUUUUGUGCAGUAAUGCAGGUGCGAGUAAAUGUAUAUUGAUUUUGUGUACAGGUGAAAUGUUUGCAAAAUAGGUACUGAGUAUGGAUGUACAAGUUGGCACUAUCUUUUCCAAAGCCAGUUCAUGUGCAUGUACUACCAAGGAAGAGAGGUGGAACUUAAAUUUGAGGAGCUUAUAACAAGAAAAAUCAUACUGGAUCUUGUGACAUUGUUUCUUUAGAAAACGAAAUAAAAAAAAAACGAAUCAGUUUUCACCUUAACAUUUUGUGACAUGGGUGGUAACAGUGAACACUGUGCAUUCUAUUGUAGCUAAUUUUAUUGUAGUCAAACCUUUUCUUAUGGCAGGGGUCAUCUCUACCAAACAAACUCUAUUAUUCUGACCCUGUCUAUUAUAUUGUCUUACUUCACACUGCAGGUACUGCACAUGUAUGUAAUUCCAUCUAUUAUGGGGAUAUUGGUCUUGGUUCCACAUCAGACUCAGACUCAGAGCUAUUAGAAAGUCCAUUCAACACUCCAAGUGCAGACAGUACUACACCACCAGCAUCCAAAGCAUUCUCAACUCUGGUAGAGCUAAUGCAGUGUCAUAAAAGGUCCUUAAAACUAAAUGAAGAUCAUGUCAAGCAUAUCGGUGCUUACUGGGAUGAAUUCUGGAAUGAGAGUAUUGUUGUCUUCAAAAAUCCACAGUUUGACUUCACAGCAGCCCCUAGAAUAGUAUUUGCAGGAGAAGCAGGUGUUGAUGCAGGAGGGCUAGGUAGAGAAUAUCGCAUACUGUUGCGUAAUGCAAUAUUCUCAGCCAAAGCCAACCUUUUCGAAGGGCCAGAAGAUAGGAAAGUGCCAUUAUAUUCGAUUGAUGCCAUUAACUCCAGGUUGUUUCAACUUGCUGGUAAAAUGGUAUCAUAUCUAAUUGUACAUUUAGAUAUAGGCAUUCCCUGUCUUAGUCCAGCAGCCUACAACUACAUUGCGACAGAAUCUGUUUCCCCUGAGUGCUGUUCAGUUGAUGACAUUGUUGAUUUGGAGCUCAAGGACCUUAUCUCAAAGGUAAAUAGUUUCACUAUAUGGCAGUAAAAAUACUUCACCUUUAAGGUGACCGCUAAAAGUCUUACCCAUUUUCCACCAUGUUCACUUUGAUCAGUCAGUACUAACACUCUUUAUCAGUUACUGUUAUAGUAAUGGUAUGACACAAAUGCUCAAUCAUUAGUGAGCAUGUCAUAAUUUUUUUUGCCAUAAGUGGUUACCAUAGCAACAGUAUAACCCCUUAAAAAUACCCUUAAUGUUAGCUUGGGGUAACCAUGCGUUUUUAGAGAUAGUCAAGCUUUAAUCUGGAACAAAAAUGUUGACUCAGCAUUGCUUCCAAAAAAAUGUAUAUUUCAUCGCAGAUUUCCUUAGAAUUCACCUUUUCGCCAUACACAAAACAAACACUAAAUAUAUAAACAGUAACACAACAAGGACUUUUCAUAUCAUUCUAAUCUAAAAUCAUCACAAUGGCAUAUAAGGAAGUGAACCUUUUUUCAUCCCCACCAAAAUAAUAUUGAUGAUGGAGUCUGGGAGAUGGUCACUUCCAAUUUGACUGAAAACUUUAUGUUCUUAUAUUCAUGAAUCACAGGUGACUGCUGCUGCAGGCAGUGAAGACCUACAAGAGGUUGCUAAUGAUGAAUUUCUUGGGAAUGCACUUAUAAAUGCAGGAUGGCUGAAGCCUCUCACAAUACUCAAAAGAAAUCAUGCAAUGCAGACACUUAUUGUGCAUGAUGUGCAGAAAAAACGACAAGAACCACUGGAUCAGUUCCGUAAAGGACUAGAGACACUGGGAAUUCUUGGCCUUAUCAAAUCCCAUCCAGACCUGAUGGGCGCUUAUUUCCUGAAUACUUGGCAAGCAGCUUUGACAAGUCAGGAAGUACUUGAAUGCCUGGAGUUCCAAGAAGAAGACAAUGACAAGGAGGCCAAUUAUUUCCUUGUUAAAGCCAUUCAAAAUUUGGAGAAUGGUUUGUGUCGAAAUGUUAUAUAA